AUGCUGGGACCUUCAGGUCGGAGCCCGGGGUGAGGCCGACACACAGGCCGCCGCGCUCCCUCGCGAAGACGCUUAAGCCAGUCUCGCCCGUCCCCGCUCCUCCUCAGAGAAAAUGCUGCCCCGCAGCACUUACCGGAGCGACCAUGAGGGUGACGAAUUCGAGCACACACAGGCUUCCCGCCACCUCCUUGAAACCGCAGCUGGCUUGCCAGGGACCGACGGCGCGGUUGGCUCCCCAAAAUUCCGACUGAUACGCGCCUCGGCGAGCGAAAGCAAACGCGGGAUACUCUCGCGUUCCUGAUUGGCUGGUUGUGGACACCUCAAUUAUGACAGAAAGGGGCCGGGCGGGAAAGUUAGCUGUGGCCGGCGGGGAUUGGCAGAACGAACCUGGACUUACUCGUUUUUCCCGGACGUUGGCUGGUGGAGAAGAGAGGCAGUUGGAAUUGAUCACACCUUUUCAGUUGUACUUCAAUCCUGAAUUAAUCUUUAAACACUUUCAAAUAUGGAGAUUAAUCACCAACUUCUUAUUUUUUGGGCCAGUCGGAUUCAAUUUUUUAUUUAACAUGAUUUUUCUAUAUCGUUACUGUCGAAUGCUAGAAGAAGGCUCUUUCCGAGGUCGGACAGCAGACUUUGUAUUUAUGUUCCUUUUUGGUGGAUUCUUAAUGACUCUUUUCGGUCUGUUUGUGAGCUUAGUUUUCUUGGGCCAGGCCUUUACAAUAAUGCUCGUCUAUGUGUGGAGCCGAAGGAACCCCUAUGUCCGCAUGAACUUCUUCGGCCUUCUCAACUUCCAGGCUCCCUUUCUGCCCUGGGUGCUCAUGGGAUUUUCCUUGUUGUUGGGGAACUCAAUCAUUGUGGACCUUUUGGGUAUUGCAGUUGGACACAUAUAUUUUUUCUUGGAAGAUGUAUUUCCCAAUCAACCUGGUGGAAUAAGAAUUCUGAAAACACCAUCUAUUUUGAAAGCUAUUUUUGAUACACCAGAUGAGGAUCCAAAUUACAAUCCACUACCUGAAGAACGGCCAGGAGGCUUCGCCUGGGGUGAGGGCCAGCGGCUCGGAGGUUAAAGCAGCAGUGCCAAUAAUGAGACCCAGCUGGGAAGGACUCGGUGAUACCCACUGGGAUCUUUUAUCCUUUGUUGCAAAAGUGUGGACACUUUUGACAGCUUGGCAGAUUUUAACUCCAGAAGCACUUUAUGAAAUGGUACACUGACUAAUCCAGAAGACAUUUCCAACAGUUUGCCAGUGGUUCCUCACUACACUGGUACUGAAAGUGUAAUUUCUUAGAGCCAAAAAACUGGAGAAACAAAUAUCCUGCCACCUCUAACAAGUACAUGAGUACUUGAUUUUUAUGGUAUAAGGCAGAGCCUUUUCUUCCUCUUCUUGAUAGAUGAGGCCAUGGUGUAAAUGGAAGUUUCAGAGAGGACAAAAUAAAACGGAAUUCCAUUUUUCUCUCACUGUA